GGAUGACUCUACUAUGUCAAGGCAUCCAAGGCUGGGUGAGAAAUGAGUAUUCUUAGCAGAAAUAUCUUGAGAUAUCACAUUCUACCAGCUUACCAACCCUUCGUCCCUCUACCACCUCAAGUUAUGACUUUUACAGUUAAGAAAGACACCCAUCGUCGCAUGUCCCAAGAAAAAGCCUAAGGAUACACAAACCUUAUUAUUAGUACUAGCUUUGACUUUGCAAACUCUGCUUACUGUAUAUUUUGCUUCAACAAUCCCCUUCAAGAUUUUUUAUGUCAGUAGAAGGCCCUACAGCAAAACUAUGCUUUUACUACUGAACUAAAUGUAUUAAAUCUGGCAGACCAGGGAGAGCUAGCAAGCCUUGUGGUUGUAUUGUAGAAAUUGACUCUCAAACCGAUCCUCAUUAGAUUGUGGGCCUCGUUCUUUUAAAUAGAAAAAAGCAAUAAAGCAAAGGUUGAUGCAGAUUCUAGCUAGGGCACUCAGUUUGUGAAGAAUCAUCCAGUACUAGUUCAUUUCAAGCUUCUGUUGAGCCUAGCAGGACUUCUGGGGCAGACUGAAAAAUAUAUUUUGUAUCAGCUUCUUUAUAAAAAAAAAUGGAGGAAGAAAAGAAGCGGUGUCACAAGAAGGUGAUGGUGGCCAUAGAUGAAAGGGGAUGCAGCUAUCAUGCACUCAUGUGGGUGCUCAAAAAUCUAAAAGAAUCAAUCACCAAGUCACCGCUUGUCAUCUUUGCUGCACAGCCACUUCCCGAGUCUAGGUACUUCACAUUUGCGGCACAGCUUGGCUUCGCUCGCAUGUACUGUCCGGAGUCAACCACCUCAGAUUUGAUUGACUCUGUGAAAGAGAAAAAUAAGAAAGUGGCGCUCGGUCUCUUGGAGAAAGCUAAAGGCAUCUGUACAAGGCAAGGGGUAAAAGUAGAGACAGUUACAGAGGUUGGGGAUCCUAAAGAGACGAUAUGCAAUGCAGUUGAGACAUACAAAAUCAGUUUACUUGUGGUAGGCGACCAAGCUAAUGGAAUUCUCCAAAGGGUUUUUCAAGAGAGCUUAAGCAGCUAUUGUUUGAAGAAUGCCAAGUGCCCUGUUCUUGUCGUAAAUGAAACUGUUAUACCAAAAUAAGAUUUACAUCAACAUGUUUGUUAUUAUGCUGUAUGAUAUCGUAAAUUAAACGCAGUAGCUAAACUUUCUUUUUUAUAGAUUAUAAAAUGUAGUGUAUUCAAGACCGGCUAA